UCUACGUUUGUCUAUUAACGAUCAGGGCGCAAAGGAAAUUAUACUUAAUUCGCGUAAUUAUAAGCUUCUGGUCCAGUGGACGAAGUCAGUUUCAGCAAUCACGAAACUAGUGACAACUACAUGGAGAAAAAACAUGACUUCUCAUUUCAUUGGAAUAAUAAUUCAUCUGUACAUUUGUUUAUUGGAAGCAGUUUGUAAUUCAGAUUCAGAUACUGUUUUAGGACCAGACAUUAACAUUGCGCGUGAAAGUGUGCAAGUGCAAAUAGGACGCAAAAAAUUUCUAAUUGGUGAAUGCCACGUGCAAGGAGCUGCGCCAUUAAACAUAACUUGGAUGAAAAGUGGAAAACUAAUAAUUGAAAAUGAAAAAUUCACUUUGGUUAAGAUUGUAACAGAACAAAAUACAAAUACUCGUCAGCUUUGGAUAAGAGAAAUGGCAUUAGAAGAUUAUGGACAAUAUACUUGCUCCGCCACAAACUUGUACGGCACUAAGAAGAAAAAUGUUUUUGUUAAACGGGCAGUUGUACGUGAAACAAGACAGGAAUCUCAGUCUAAUUGUGCAGAUAAAAAUUAUUUUAAUAUAACUGUAUUUUUAACUUGUUUUGCUGUUAUUGUACAUUUUUGAUUUUUAAAAUAUUUUGAAACAAUUGUUGGUGUAUAAGAAAGACGGGUGACUACAUUGAUGGAUUCUAAAUUAUAUAUAAAGGUUAAUAUAUUCUCCUGAUACCUCUAAUGCCUUAUGUUGUCAGAAUGUUGCAGAAACCUUCGGAAUCCUUACACCCUAUUUUAGUGACAAUUUCAAUUUCAUUUGAACCAACCUUAUGCUUGUCAUCCUGAUGGACUUGCUUUACUGAACUUACAAAAUAGAUGCAUUGUUUAAUUUGUGUUCGUCCUACAUAUGCAUCGACUAUUUGCAAAUAGACGUGAAACCAACUCAACAAACGAUUUAUUUUUGGUACACAAAAAUUAUUAACUAAUUCUUAUCUUUUUUGAUUUUUUUUAGUAGGUCAUCCUCCAUAAAAUGAUUCAAUAAUUUUCAAAGGUACCAGGAUUAUAAUCUAAUACGUUUCUGUUGUUUAGAUAUAUUACAACCAUUACACGGUUAGACGCGUCCAUAAAGUGAUCGAAAAGAAAUAUUCCCUUUAAUUUGACAGCUGUAGGAAAUUAGCCCUGCGUUUCAUUUCAUAACAAUUUUUCUAAGUCAUAAACAUAAAGCUUUUUGUGUUUAAAGCACCAUUUUUAGGGGUGUUUCUGUAAUACUUUUUUUUAUUCUUGAGGUUACAUGGUCACUAAAAAAUAUUUUUUUGAAAACAUGACUAAAGCUUGUUAACAGGGAGAAAAGACGGGAGAAUUUGAAUGAUUAACUUUCAGUAAUGAUUAUUUUCUUAUAUGCAAUGAAAUGUAAUGUAAAUAUUGUUAGUUGUACUUGGUAGGAUAAAGCUUUUCUCUGCCAAGUUUUUCUUUAUUAAAAACAAAGUUAUAUUCUGCAGAAUAUUUUUACAAAUUUAGCAAAGACCAGUAAGGGGAAUCAAUGGUGGUAUUACUAAAUAACGAAUUAGUGAUAUAUCAUAUAGCAUCAUAAUUCUAGCGGUAACAAUAACGGUUUCAAAUCGACAAUUUAUGUUUCAAAUGACCUUUGGUGCAUUCCAAUUUACUUUGAAUUUCAACAUGACAUGUAAUGUUUGUGAUUGCUGUUUUGUAAAUAGCUGUGUUUAUGAAAAUAUUUGUCAUUCAUUUGUAUAGUAAAUCAUUU